UGCCCAUCCCCACCUUCUUCCUUCCUCAAACACACGCACCCAAUCCCCCGAUCCCCCACCUUCUUCCUUCUUCCCCGCCGCGGCACCCACACCCACCUUCUUCUCCGCCGCCUCCACCCCACCUUCUUCCCCGCCGGGGACCCCGCACCCCCACCUUCUUCCCCGUUAUGCUCCCGCACCCCCACGCACUGGCCACCGUGGCCUCCAGCAACACCUCCACAUCCACCGUCGGCUGCCCAUAAGCUGCGCCACCGGCCACCCCGCCUACCCCAGCGCAAGCCCUUCCCCUGUCCUAUUCCUCCGCCUGGACCCCGGCGACCGACGGAUCUGAGCCCCCCUGCCUUCCCGCGCCUUCUCCAUGGCCUCCUCCCCCGCCAGUGGCUAACUCAUCAAGCUCGACCUCGCUGGAAUCCCGCGGCAAACCACGACCCCGAGGGGACCCCACCCACUUCCAGUGGCUCAGUCCACCAUGCCUCCACCACGAAACGGCCGCCGGCGACGCCCAAGAUCUUGGAUCCAGGGCCACCCCGACGAGGCGCGCGGCCUCAUCUGCCCACUACCAUCCUUCUCCGUUCUUUUUCUGCAGGGAGCACCACCUCAGCCCCCGUGCAGUCCGGUGGGCGCGUGCGUGCAACGCGCUGUGUGCGGCGCCGGAUCAGCACUGCCCCAUGCAGUGCGGGCGGUGAGCACGUGCAGUCCGGUGGGCGCGUGCGUGCAGCGCGCUGAGUGCAGGCGCCGGAUCAGCACCGGUACAUGCUCUCUCUGCCGCGCGAGAGAGCCUGGUCCUAGUGGUGCAGUCCGGUGUCUGCGGAACAUGCAGCUCGCUAGCUCAUUGCACGCUGUUCCGGCGGCGCGGGAAAGCAGUACAAGGCCACGCCCGUAUCCGAGUGGUGCAGCUCGGUGCUGUUGUCCGUGCAGUUUGCUGUUGUAUUCGACAACAAUGGCAACAGAAGCUUGGUCCCCGCUAGACUAGGAACAUAUGGAACCGAUUGUGUCUUGCUGAUGGAAAAGAGGUAAUAAUACAAGGAGUUCUUCAGACUGGGUAGUGUUGUCACCUGAGAAGGGGAUGGGAGUUCAGACUGAACAUGAACACGAUAGGUAGUUGCUCAGUUUAAGAUAUUGGAUUCAGUUACAGCCACAUCAAUGAUUUAAAUAAAAUAUCACAAAAGAUGUGGAACCCAGGCCUAUAUAAAGGUUACAUGCAUGCAUUGCUAGGCUGCUAGCACCUUGGACUUGUGGAGCCAUGGGCAGGGCAUGAGAAGCAUUGGCCAACUUGUUCGUGGCUAAACUGUACUCUUUUGUUUUGUUUAGACUAAGCACACUCUUCUUAGAUAAUCUGUAUUAUCAGCCCCACAUCAAGUGCACACACUCUUUUGUUUUC